GGCUGCAGGCUGGCGUGAGUCAGUCGUCUCCUGCUGUUGGGAAAAGCAGCGAGCACCCAGCCGAGUGAUGCUGUUGAGAUGCUUCAGGCUGAUGGGCUGAAAUGAAUGGUCAGUUUUGGAGGAGAGCUUUUAAUUGUCAUGAAGAAUUUCAGCCAGUGCUGCACACUUAUGGUCUCACCCUCAGGACUGCAGAUACUUCUAACAGACUGAUAAUGGUACAGUGAUGGCACAGACACAGCAGGAUUUUAACAGUGGGAAGAUGCUGAGGGAUGAAAAUGCAUCUUGGCUUUCUAAUUUCUCCUCUGCUGCUUCGCCCUUCGUGAAAGGAGGUGGAAACUGGGCAGGGAUUGGCCUCCAGGAGGUGGUCAUCGGACUGAUACUAAGCCUUAUUGACUUGAUCACGCUCCUGGGAAACACGGUAGUCUUCAUCUGCCCUGUGGUGGAAAAGAGGCUGCGCACUGUCACCUACAUGUUUAUCAUGUCUUUAGCCACGGCAGACUUCCUUGUAGCGUGUCUCGUCAUGCCGUUCAGUAUCAUUUACGAGGUGACGGGGAUGUGGCUGUUUGGGAAGCUGUUUUGCAAGGUGUGGAUCUCCUUCGACGUCAUGUUCUGCACUGCAUCCAUCGUUACUUUGUGCUUUAUUAGCCUGGACAGAUACUGCUCCGUGGUGACCCCUUACCACUAUUCAAAAAGGAUGUCCCGUGGCAGAUGCAUUGUAAUGACCUGCAUGGUUUGGGUAUACUCUUCUCUCAUUUCCUUCCUUCCCGUCAUGCAAGGCUGGAACGAGAUUCCUGGGGUAGAUUUCGAUGCAGGCAGAGAAUGCAUCUUUGUCACCAACUGGAUUUUCGCCAUUGUAGCUUCUGCCCUUGCAUUUUUUGUCCCCUUUAUGGUCAUGUGCAGCAUGUAUUUCUUCAUCUACCGAGCUUCACGGCUCAAGGCCACGCGGAUCAUGUCCCAGACUCUGGAGAUUCACUACCACCCCAACAGCAAGCGGCAGAACCACCUGCAGCUGGAGAACAAAGCCACGCGGACCAUUAGCAUUAUCAUUUCUGUCUUUGUGCUGUGCUGGCUGCCGUACUUUGUCCUGAAUGUUUGGCUAGCUGCCAAAGGUGCUGAUUCCACUAGCACGGUCUUGGUUGACACCUUCAAGAUCAUCACUUGGUUAGGUUAUUGCAACUCCACUAUCAACCCAAUGCUCUAUGCUUUCCUGAACCGGGACUUCCAGCGGGCCCUGAAGAAGCUGCUCAUUUGCAGGCACAGGUCUCAGGUGGACAUUGGAGAAGACAUGGUUUCAAUUGCCACGUUUUCCAAGACUGCUCCAGACUUGGAAUAUAGUGUGCCGGUGCCUAGCAGCACUCUGAAGGGCAAACCCAAGCAAUAGGGAUUCAGAAUCAGUUGCUGGAGGUUGUGGUGUGUACAGUGCAGGAGCACAUUCGAAUGGAAGAGUAAUGGGUAGGAAAAUAGGAGAAGGAGAGGCUGGAAUAGGGCUGGAAUGUUUAUUACAGCUGGGGGCAUACUACAAGAUAUUUCUUCAUCUUCCAUGGUUUUAUGAAUGAGGAACUUUGCUAUUUUGGUGCAAUUUAUUAUAACUAAUGAAGCUAAUUACUGUGUUGCUACUGAUUUUUUUUUUUUUUAAAUGACUAUUUCCUAAGAUGAAUUCAAACUUCAUGCUGGAAAAAAAAAAAAAAAUCAGUUUGAUAAUGUGAACUUGUCACUCUGUUCAUAGCCUGGUGAUCUCCUACAACGGAAGCUGGGACAGUAUUUUUUCUUAUGAGGUCACUGUAGCUCUCAUCUUGUAACUUACACCACAAGUUUGACGAAUUUUAAUAGAUCCACUUGUGUUAGUCUGUGACUGGGCAUUGGCGGGAUGUGGUCAAAGACCAGAGUUAACUCCUAUAUAAAGUCAGUAUGUGCUGAGAGCUUGUGCUGUCAGCAGUCUGGGCUGUCUGCACAGGGUUUAACUAACGUGCUUGCUUCUGAAAUAUAUGGGGACUUAGUGCUUUCAAGUUUCAGACUUGGUGUUUGACAUACAAGAUUAGUUCAGCAUCAGGCAGGAAUGAGCAGGAGAAAUACUCUAUGUGCAUGGAUGCCUUUGUAAAAUCUAAGACCAUUGCUUCAGUGGUGUUUUCUGUGAAUUAUCUAUGACAAGUCUCCUUAGUCCUUAUUUAUUCUGUUAAGGAACCUUAUGUCUUAGACCACCGGAGAUGAGCAAGGCUUGCUGGAACAUUUCUCCAGAGUACCAGCUGCCCAAGGAGCUCAAUAGGGGGUUACAGGUGACUGACACUAGCCAAACAGCAGAUGUGAAGAAGUGUUACUUCUUAAGCGUAUUUUUUUGUACUGUGGUGUCUAUACAUUGAUGCUCUGAGUGUAACCAUAAAGAAUAUUGCUGGACCAUACAGCCAUAAAAAAGGAUGAUAAAUAUCCUUCCAUUAAAAUCCCAGCAACAGUGUAUGGACUUCAAGCAGAAAGUGUAGAAGGACAAGUCAUGAAUGUACGUAUCUGGUCAGCCUGUUUCAAACUAAUACAGGAACAUGAUUAUUCUUAUCAUUCCCAAGUGCUUCACUGGACUUUAAACAGCAGCUCUACAGCACUGGUUCCCUGGAGGAGGGCUGUGGAGCAACCACAGGAUGACACUGGAAAGGCAGGACUGCACCUGAGCAUCGCUGCAGGUAUCUGACACAGGGCAAAAGCAGGAGCUGAACUGCCAGAAGUAGCUCAGAAAACUUCAGGAACACAGAUUUUUCUGUAGCAGAGUCAUGCGAGUGCUCAGAUCACAGCCAUCGCUGCCCCCACUGCACAUUUCAGUGCAGGCUGAGGCUGGUUUACAUGUGAGAGUCACUGCACUGAGAGCCUCCUCUUGCAUCGCUCUUCUGAGGACAUGAAACACUUCAAGGAUGGUUUCUAGAACAGCUUUUUCUGGUCAAUGUGUUCUGAGUGCUAGCUUGCUGACGCAGGCCAGGCAAGGCUGCUGCAGCCUGGGCAGCAAAGCACACAGCAGAACGAUACCCUGGCUAACAUGUAAUGCUAAAACCCUGGAGUGAGGCACUUGGAAGGGUGAAGAAUGUCACUUUAUUAAGAAAAGAGGAACAAGUUAGUCAAAGGCCUGAGUCCUUCCCACUUUCAGCACAAUGGUUACAUGGAGGCUAGGACAGAACCUAAAAAGGUGUAGCAGGAAGCAAGAAGCCACUGCCUGAAGUACCUCAGCGACUGAAGACAGACACAAAGAGGCCAAAGUCCUUGCUCCUUGAGAACCUGGGUCUUCAGGAGAGGAAACAGCCCUGAUGCAUGGUUGUUCCAGCACUAGAACUCCUGGCAGAUGCCUCUUCAUGGAGUGUCGGCUCUCCUAGCUCCUUCAACACCAAUAAAUACCUGGAAGGUUGAUCAGCACAGCAGCUUGACCAGAAGUUGUUAGACAGCUCAUCUCAACUCAGGAGGCACUGUGCAACUCUACAUCUACUUAUCCAAGAAGUUCAAGGAGCAGUUUUGGUAUCUGUGACUCAAACUGCUUAGCUGAAGAAAAGCAAAAUCCAUAUGUUUGUAAGCUUUCGUUAUUAUAACCUUUGCAGUUUGUGCUAGUUUGAAGAAAGCAUUUUGGAAAAUAUUUCUCUGUAUUCUGAUUACUAGGUCUGGAUGUAUUCAAAUAAUAUGUUCCCUUCAUUCUAAAAAAAGCAAGAGAUCAGAAUAGCUUGUUUAAACUGUUGUGGAAUCGAAGUUUCAGAAAAAUGCCAGCAAUUUUAAAGAGCUAUAAAGCAACUUGGGCUUUGCAUAGGUAAGACUUCCUUUAAACUUGCUUAUUGAUGCUGGUACAAAUUACUCUUCAACAGCCAUUAACAGGAAAGCUGUGACAAACCAGCUUCUUCAUAGUAUUAUUUUCAAGAUUCAUCUGUUUAACCACUAUCAGGAAAGCUGAGUGUAAAUGUGAGUGUAAAGACUCAAGUGAAAAAGGCUAAGGCAAAAAAUGUCUUAGAAAGCCAAAGCACAUUUACUUCCCAGAGAGAUAGCUGAGAGGAGGGAGGACGUGGGGACACUAUUUCAAAUUGUCACAAACCACAUUAAAUAAAAUUAAAUAAAUUUUGACAGCUGAGUUCAGUCACACAAAACCUUAGCUGAAACUUCUUCAUGGUAAGUUACUGUAAUCUGUGUAGAAACAAAAAAGAAGGUGACAAAUCAGUGGGCUGGAAGGAAAUAUUGCUUAUUGCUUACCAAGCAAUAAGACUGCCUUGUUAGGUAUAAACCUAUCUUCAAAAGUUUCGAGACUUGGAAUCAUCUCAAAAG